AUAUUUUCAGUCACGCUGUGUAAAUAUCCAUCGUGUACACGUAUGAGCACUUAACUUUGCUCCGCCUGAGGGUCCAGCUUUGAAUUCAUGGAGGUCCAUUAUUCUUGAUUACAGUGACUAUUCCUCUGAGGAAUGACAUAAAAUAAAAAUCACAAGUCAUAUUUUAAUUUGAGGAAACCAUCAAAGAUUUCUUAGUCCUGAGCUUCAAACUUGCAUUCAUGUUGGAUUCAAUUUGCCGUGUUAGAAAUCAUCACGUUGGAUCUUUGUCCUCUUACAACACCUUUUAUCUGUGACGUCGUGUCUGAUUCAGAGUUCAGUUGGAGGUGAACUAACCACAGUGCGUUUUGUUUGUUUGUUUGUUUGUUUUUCUGCAGUUUGUAUAAGACUGAAGCAGCAGAAUCAAGAUGGCCGACAGCCCUACAGUCAGUCCCAGACAUACAUGAAGCAACACUGUCGAGGGACGCCCUCAGGCGUCGCCCUGUGUUCAGACGAUGACUGGGUUUCUAAAUGCCCCUCUGGCUGCAGACUCCAGGGUCUGAUCUUGCAACUGGAGAGCAAGGUGGAGAGGAGACUGAGGAUGGUGUGUAAGACAGCAAAGAUGUACGAAGACAUGUCUGAGAAGUCCAUGACGGUGACGACACGCAUCUACAACUACAACCGGAGAGUCAUCGUCAACAGAUACAUGUCAGAGCUGAAGUUUGUGGAAAACGCCGAAGGAUUGACGAGGAACCUUACGUUGCUACGGAAACGGUCAUCCAAGCUGUCGCUACAACUGGUGGAGCUCCGCGGCAACGUCCAGAAACAACUGGAGGACUUGUAUCGAGCAGAGGUGGACAUUGACAUGAAGCUGCGAGCCUGCUCUGGGUCCUGCCGGUCGCUGUCACCGUUCAGCGUCGAUCAUCUCGGCUAUCAGUCGCUUCAAGCUGACAUGGAGCAGAUGGACAAGCAGACAAAGAAGUCCGCUACGCCUCCUGAAGACGUCCCACACGUCAAGCUGCAGCCUGUAGACGUCGGCCCGGAGCCGUCGGCAGAGUAUAAGACCAUCCCAACCGUCCAGAGGGAACUGUUGACCCAGUUUGAGGACAUCGGACAGAACCAGGUUGUUCUGGAGGAGCUGCUGGAGGCGGUUGAUCCUGCAGAGCUGGAGUGAAAGGGCUCCACGGAGGCAGGUUUGAUAGAUCACAGUGGAAGUGAAGAGUGGGUGUUUCUGUUUCUUUUCAGCAGCGCUUUGUAACUCAGUUUGGAGAGGGCCUUUUCCAAUAAACACAAUCACUGUUUUUAUUUCUGCUUAUUUAUAACACUGCGCUCUCUUGUGCAUGUUAAAAGUACGUUUGUCCAGACAUGCAUGAAGACGGAAUCUUUGCCUGAUGAAGCUGCGGCUUAACAGUUGUGUAACGAGUUAAAAAAAACUUUUAUAUACCUCUCCUUAUGGAUGUAAUUAAUCUAGCAUCUAAAACACAAAGCCUCCCUGAUUCAUUUUCAAUGGCUAUAAUUACAGUGAUCCAAAAAAAAAAACAAAGACCCCUUAAAAUGCUCCUCUUUCCGACCAAUUUCACUCUUGAAUGCGGAUUAUAAAUUGAUUUCUAAAGCUAUGGCAAACAGGUUGAGUAAAUUCUUACCAAAAUUGAUAAACCGAAACCAGGUUGGCUUUAUUCAGAAGAGAUCCUCUGCCAGUAACAUGUGUAGGUUACUUAAUGUUAUUCAUAUGGCAACCUCCAGUACUGAACCUAGUAUAGCCGUUACCCUGGACGCGGAAAAGGCCUUUGAUAGGCUUGAGUGGCCCUAUUUAUUCAAGGUUCUAUCUAAAUUUGGAUUUGGCUCCUAUUUUAUUAAUUGGGUCAGAACGCUUUAUAAGAAACCACAGGCCAAAAUAAUUAUUAAUGGACAAAUGUCCACUGCCUUCCCCCUCAGUAGAUCGAGCAGACAAGGGUGUCCCUUAUCCCCUGGGCUUUUCGUUAUAUCUGUUGAACCUCUGGCCGAGAUAAUCAGACAAGAUUCAGAGAUAAAGGGUGUGAAAGUGGACCAGACGAUACAUAAAAUUAAUCUUAUGGCAGAUCAUAUAAUCCCGUACUUAACAAGACCAUUUGAUUCCCUUGCUAAAUUAAAAACUGUUUUGCAUGCAUUUGGAUCUGUUUCUGGAUAUAAAGUCAAUUACGACAAAAGUGAAAUUCUCCCACUCUCAAAUUUUGACUACACUGAAUAUCAGCAAAGAGGUCCAUUUAAAUGGUCUCCAAGCGGGAUAAGAUACCUUGGAAUUAUGGUGGAUAACAACCUUAAAAAUGUGUACAAACUCAACUACUUACCACUAGUUAGUCGAAUAAUAGAGGAGUUACAGAAAUGGAUGAAUUUACCUAUUACUUUGAUCGGCCGAAUAAAUUGCAUUAAAAUGAAUCUGUUACCAAGGCUGCAGUACCUCUUUCAGUCCUUACCGAUUCCAGUGCCUUCCAGUUUUUUUUAAAAAUAUGAAUAAACAUAUUGGACAAUUCAUAAGGAGUGGUAAGACUCCAAGGGUCUCAAUGGAAAAACUUACAUGGGACUAUAAACUGGGGGGUCUUCGACUGCCUAACCUUCAAAAGCAUUAUUUGGCUGCCCAAAUACGACUUGUUUCUUUUUUAUUUGAACGGGAAAAUGUCCCACCUUGGGUUUCAAUUGGAAUGUAUGCUCUUAAAGAAAAUGUUCCUGCAGACUUUAUCUAUAAAUGGACACCUACAACCAUCUCCAGAAGAACUGACAACCCUGUCUUGACCCAUGUCAUCAAAAUGUGGCAUGAAGUCCAGAAAAAUAUUGGACUAAAAAAUAUAUUUUCCCCCAAAACAUCACUGAAACAGAACGAACUCAUACCUAUGUCAGUGGAUAAUAAGAUCCUGGAAACUUGGCACCAGAAAGGGAUUCGUCAUUUGGAGGACUGCUAUAAGGAUGGAUGCCUGAUGUCUUUUGAGGACCUA